GAAUGUCAAAGAGCAGAAAAAAAAGAAAGAAUAAAAAGCAUAGCAACAACAGAGUUUGCUGUCCUCACCCCCCUCAGCCUAGGCCAACCUGGACUCCUUCAUCCCAAAUGAGGUGGCCCCUACCUUUUAUAUGAAGGCUCUGAUUCACCAUACAGUGGUGAUCCAUCUGGUAACAUGGCAAUCCAACACAGACCGGAAGAGAAAACUGAGCAGCACAGCUAAAAUACAGUGUAUUCCCAGGAUCCACGCUGUGGAGACAGGAUGAAACUCACCAGUGAAAAGUUGCCCAAAAACCCUUUCUCUCUCUCUCAAUAUGCUGCUAAAAAACAGAAAUUCUUCCAAUGGAAGAAGGAAAAGCCUGAUUAUUACCGCCAUGCUAAUUUGGUGGAUACAGCAUUGCAGUUCCUAAAAGAAAGAAUAAAAAGAGGGGAUGCUAUGGCGUAUUUUCUAAGAGGUCAACUCUAUUUUGAAGAGGGCUGGUAUGAAGAAGCCUUGGCACAGUUUGAAGAAAUCCAGGAGAAUGAUCAUCAAGCAAUUUAUCAGCUAGGAGUGAUGUAUUAUGAUGGGUUGGGGACCACCCCAAAUGCUGAAAAAGGAGUGAAAUAUAUGAAGAAAAUUCUUGAUUCUACAUGCCCCCAAACACUACACUUAAAAUUCGCCGCUGCUUACAACCUUGGAAGAGCUUAUUUUGAAGGGAAAGGUGUGAAGCGAUCAGACGAGGAAGCGGAGAGACUGUGGCUGUUUGCUGCAGACAACGGGAACCCAAAAGCCAGCGUGAAAGCACAAAGUAUUCUAGGACUGUAUUAUUCGAUGAAGGAGCCCAAACAGUUAGAAAAGGCAUUUUUCUGGCAUUCGGAAGCUUGUGGCAAUGGAAAUUUGGAGUCCCAGGGUGCACUUGGCCUCAUGUACUUUUAUGGGCAGGGGAUCCGCCAGGACACCGAGGCUGCCCUGCACUGCUUACGGGAAGCAGCCGAACGAGGGAACGUUUACGCCCAGGGCACUCUGGUGGAGUACUACUACAAGAUGAAGUUCUUUACCAAGUGUGUUGUCUUCUCCAAAAGGAUAGCGGACUACGACGAGGUACACGACAUCCCCAUGAUAGCCCACAUCACGGACUGCCUCCCCGAGUUUAUCAGCAAAGGCAUGGCCAUGGCGUCGUUCUACUAUGCUCGGUGUCUCCAGCUUGGCUUGGGUGUUAAGAAAGACGAAGCGGCUGCCAAACACUACUAUUCCAAAGCUUGCCAGCUGAACCCCACAUUGGCAGAUGAGCUUCACGCCUUACUAAUUCGCCAAAGAAUUUAGACCACAAUGCAUUUCAACGAAGCCCAUCAAUCCUCACCUGAAACAGUGUGUGUGUGCUCACAGCAGCUCCAUCUGUUAUUUCCUGCGUCCCUGUUAUAUUAUCUGGGGUGUUUUACAGAAACAUUUCCUUCAUCCUUGUAUUUGUAUUCUGUAAUUUGCACCAACUAAACUUUAGACACCAAUCCAGUCGCUGGGAAGAGUCCUCAGAGACCCACCUCUUAGCCGGUACAGUGGCCUGGACUGCAAUGAGUUUGAAAGCAUGCCAAAACCAAGUACCCCUUUGCCUUAUUAAACGCAGUGUCUGAAAUGA